AUGCCCAUCAACAGAGAGCUGCGCCUCGAGGUGAAGAAGAAGGUGGCCGAGCUCAAGCAGUGGGUGGAGGAGACGGAGGUGGGAAAAGCAUGGAUGCGGCACAAGCGAAAGUUGGACCAACAGUGGUGGGAGGAAAACUUCCCGCGAAUGCCCGGCAUCUACGACCACCUCGAUGCCAUGGAACUCAGCGGGGAGGAAGACACCGAGUCUAGCAACCACGCCGAGUCGGCCGACAAGGGCGGACUGAGAGCUGUGAAGCAGAAGCUUGUGGACAUGGAGCGUUCGAGCAACGAGGACAGCUCCGAAGACGCUGAAACAGCGGAGUACGACGGCGACCAGUCAUCCUCGGACGCGCAGCUGUCCGAUUCGGAACAGGACUCGGACGAUGAAGAGCACGACGCCGAGGCCCUCCUUGACCACGCCGACAUCCUCACCGACCAAAAGGACCAUGCCGCUAUCUACGAUGAGACCCGCGAGGAAGAGGAUGACAUUGGAAUCGACAAGGUCGGAAUCAUAUGCGACAAGGAGGAGGGUUCCUGA